GGUGGAGGCGACGGCGGAGGCAGCCGAUACAGUGAUCAUCAUGUACCUCUCCGACGAAUAAUGCUGAAAUUGAAAGCUGCGGGAUCCUUAUAAACAGCCGAGAAUACAAUGAACACCACCGUUACACCAUCAGACCUGGUGGAUGCGCCCAGACAGCAGACCCUCAACGGCACAGUGGUCGCACAGACUGCUUCAGCCUGGGCCGUGAUCCACACCGCUACCUUGACCUUUUGCUCUCUCCUCCUGAUCUUCAUCUUCUUCUUGGGCUCCUAUGGCAACCUUGUGGUGUUCCUGUCAUUCUUUGACCCGGCGUUUCGCAAGUUCCGCACCAACUUUGACUUCAUGAUCCUCAACCUGUCCUUCUGUGACUUGUUCAUCUGCUGCGUGACUGCUCCCAUGUUCGCCUUGGUGCUCUUCCUGGAUGCGGGAGGAGGCGACGGCGUGUCCAAGAGCUUCUGCUUCGCCUUCCACCUGACCAGCUCGGGCUUCAUCAUCAUGUCCUUGGAGACAGUGGCCGUCAUUGCGCUGCACAGGCUGCGCAUGGUUUUGGGGCAGCAGCCCAACCGCACGGCCUCCUUCCCCUGCACGCUGGCCCUCACCGCCCUGCUGUGGACGUCCAGCUUCACCAUGGCCGCUCUCCUCACAAUGAGAGCCUACCCCCGUAGGGACGGACCCUGUUUGCCCCAUUUUGGCCUGGGAAGUGGACAGGCCAGGGUGGUGCUGUACGUCUACCUGGCAGACUUUGCCUUUUGUGUGGCCGUGGUGUUCGUGUCCUACCUGAUGAUCGCUCAGACACUGAGGAAGAACGCACAAGUGAGGAAAUGUCCCAUCAUCACUGUAGAUGCCACAUGCCCUCCACCCCCACCGCCUCUCAUCGUAGCGGGAUUUGAGAGCAUGCAGUGUGCGGUUCAAGGUCCUUCGCUGUACCGCAACCAGACUUACAACAAGCUGCAGAAUGUACAGACACACUCUUAUGCCAACAGGACCAGCCAGCCUAUAGCUCCAGGAGCAGCUCAAGGAGCCACAUGCUGUCAGCUCGUCUCUACCGUCAACCUGGCCACAGCCAAAGACUCGAAGGCGGUUGUCACCUGUAUAGUUAUAGUGUUUUCUGUGCUACUUUGCUGCUUGCCAAUGGGAGUUUCGCUGGCACAGGACGUUCUGUCACCAGAAAGCAGUGUUACACAUUACCAGUUUGAACUGUGUGGCUUUGUCCUCAUUUUUCUCAAAUCUGGGAUCAAUCCAUUUGUGUACUCGCGCAACAGUGCCGGCCUCCGCCGUCGGGUUCUGUGCUGCAUUCAGUGGGCCGCUCUGGGCUUUGUCUGCUGCAAGCAAAAGACUCGUCUCCACGCAAUGGGCAAAGGUAGCCUGGAAGUCAAUCGGAAUAAAUCUUCCCAUCAUGAGACCAACUCAGCCUAUGUACUGUCACCCAAGCCCCAGAGGAGGCUGGUAGACCAGGCCUGUGGGCCCAGUCAUUCCAGGGAUUGUGCGGGAAGUCCAAGGGCCACAGGCGCACGCAAACCUCGCCUUCCAAGUGCCUCUACUCCCAUUAACACCCGAAUUGAGCCCUACUACAGUAUAUACAACAGCAGCCCCUCUGCAGGUCACAGCUCCCCUACCAGCCUGCAGCCAGUCAGCUCUCAGACUUUUGCCUUUGCCAAAUCCUACGUAGCCAUGCACUACCACACUCACCAAGACACACUGCAGGACUUUGAAAGCACUUCAGUGCACCAGAUUCCCAUUCCCUCAGUUUAACGAAACAGAAACAGGAAUAUUUGGACGAUCUCUCCAAGGCUUCAAAUGAAAUCUGAAUUGAAAAA